AUGGAGGUCGGCAACAUGCUUUUCGCCUGCUCCGGUCCGCCCGCCGACACAGCGAACUUCAUGGAGUUCAUCGAGAAGAACGUGAAGCUGAACGAGCUCAGAACAGGAAUCCCCAUGUCCACCAAGGCUGCCGCGAGCUUCACGCGGAACGAGCUCGCGCAUGCGCUGAGAAAAGGCCCCUUCCAGACCGACAUCCUCGUGGGCGGAGUGGAUGCAGAGGGCCCUGGCCUCUACUUCAUGGCCCGUGCCUUAGCUGCCGCGGUGAGCGCAAGAAGUGUUUGUGCCAUGAUCCGGAUUCGGUGGGCAUCUGGCGAGGAGGUAGCCAGCCUGGCUGUUGAGGAAUUGCAGGAGAUGGCGGGUCAGGUGGGCCUGCCCGUGCGAGCACUGAAGCGGCACCUCCAGGGGAUCAUCGGCCUUCCCCGCUUCCGCCAGCGCCUGGUGGCCGGCUUCGGGGUGCUGGAGGACGACGCGCCGCUGGACGUUUGGGGAGACCUGCAAUUGGUCCUGCUCGGGUUCCUCCCGCCUGCGGAGGACUUUCAAGAUGUCGAUGAGCUGAUCUCCGCGACGCAGCGGAAUUCUGUGCUGGAGGUGGACGCCAUCUUGUCACGCCCGCAGGAUCCGGAUCUGCGAAACAAUUUCAACCUCACUGCUCUCUACAGCGCCGCUCGGGCUGGGGCAUUACAGUGUGCCAAGCUUAUUGUGGAGGCUGGUGCGGACAAGGACAACGCCUGCUCCCCAGGCCAUAUUUACAACGAGUUGACGCCUGUCCACAUCGCAAGCCAGAGAGACCACCUGGAGGUCGUGCGCUUCUUGGCGGAGGUGAGGGCGAACGUCAACAAAGACUGCGGACCUAACUUGACGCGACCCAUCUUCCACGCCGCAAACCAUGGCUCCACACAAAUGGUGCAGGUGCUGCUGGAUGCACGUGCUGACAUAAAUGUAGGUCGAAGAUCCGAUGGUGCAACGCCGCUAUGUCUGGCGUCGAGCAACGGUCACGAGGACGUUGUUCGCUUGCUGUUGGAUUGCCGCGCCGACGUCGACAUAGCCCUAGGGUGCCACACUCCCCUCGUCAUGGCCGCUCAUACGGGUUACCUGGCGAUCGUGCGUAUGUUGCUGGAGGCUGGUGCGGACAAAGAUCUCGCCAGCACGGACUAUGGAGCUACCCCUCUCUACCACGCGGCCCAACAAGGCAAUGUUGAGGUGGUGACCUCGCUGCUGGCGUUUGGAGCCGACGUGGACAAGGCCUGCUCGGUUGAUGGGGCCACGCCCCUCUGCAUCGCAUCCCAGGAGGGCCACGUGAGCAUUGUGCGGCUUCUUCUGGAUGCUGGCGCCGCGUGCAACUGCAACACGAGGAUAAGGCCGAAUGGAACCCCCCUGACCAUGGCCAUACAGCAGCGUCACUGGGAGGUUGUGAACCUGCUGUUUGCCUUCGGUGCAAGCUUAAACCCUUCUGGGCAGCGACCUACAACCCCGUCGCCGGAUGCCACAGCCUGGCCGUAUGAAUGGUGGCCCACAGUCACAGGGUGUGGGCCCAGUUGGCCGGAUACAGUCUGGAUGGCGGGGUGGUGGUCUGGUUGGGAUGCCUCUUGGGGGCAAGCCAACCAGAUUGUUUACCCGGCGGCGUGGCCUACCACCUGGCAAGUGCAGCAUGCUGGGACCAAUGUGGUUGGGGCGGCGCACUGGUGA